AUGGAUAUGAUUGCGUGUGGAGUUUCUCCUCGAAGAUUUGCGUGCGAUCGUUGCUGUGGUCAAAAGCUGCGAUGCAUUCGCGAACAGACUGACCAGCAAAACUGCGAUCGAUGCUUCCGUACAGAUGCUGAAUGUCGCACGAGCCCUGUCUUCCGUGGACGUAGCUAUGUGGGAGACACUGCCUUUGCUUCUACAAGAAGCAUAGGGGAAAAGGCAAGAGUGCAAAAGUCAGUGCGAAAGCGGCGAUACAAUAAUGCUGCGCAGCUCCAAAUGCAGUCACAAGCCAAUACUCAGCAAGCGGUGAUAGAUACAGCUAUUGUCACGGAAACAGCAAGUCCUUCAGGAUCCUUUGGACAAACAGGGCUGAUGAAUAUAUUCGAAUCGACUCAAACAUCAUUACCUGUGCCAAUGUAUCCUACAGACUUCUCAGACACAAUGAAUGAUAUGAAUUGGGCAGCCGAGGAUUCUUUAUUUUCCGGUCUCAUACUUCCAGAUGAAACGGAUCAGACCUUUCAUUUAUCUGGUAACUCAGGUACAAGUAGCUCAACUGAGGGUUAUCCGUCACAAGCACCGACAUAUACAGGAGAUCUUCCCUCUCGACCUCCGCCAUCAUUGAUACUUUCACCCCGAACGACGUCUUCCACUUCGACAUCUAAUUUACAAAAUCUCGAAUGCAGCAGUCACAAAACAUUAGCUACGAUAUCUGAAAACAACACUUCUUGCGAAAGCCCCGAAGGACAGGUUGCAGGUAGCAUAUCUAUUGACAAGAAUGAAGAGGAGACUAUUGUCCAGCGGUUAGCCAAGACUAAUUUGGAUCUUGUUUCGCUGCUUUCUUGA